GCUUCAUGGCCAAGGAAAAAAAGUCACCUUUUUAGGGUUGAUGUAAAAGGAAAGGUAAAUAAUUUUCGUAUACAAGGCUGUUAAACGCUUAGAAAGAAGAACGAUUGUCAGAUUGAAUCAUGGCCCAUACCUACAUUCCACGCACCUCUGAUGGCCAGUGCUCGGGAAGAUGACCAAAUCGCAAAUCAUGGACACUGAAAUUCAACUUGAUCAUCGCAAAUCCCAACAGCUCCCGCAAGUACUAGUGCUCAAACCCCCACCAGUCCUCACUGUUAUCGGUGAACAUUCUUUUUCCUCUCCCAAAUUCAACUUUUUGAAAGCCUGGGAGUCUCCGCUCCCUCUGCACCAAUUCCUCUCCACUUAUGCUCACUCCGUCCAAGCCAUCCUCUGCUCCGGUUACUCCCCGGUCAACGAGGAGCUCAUCCGCCAGCUGCCGUCCUUGCGCCUCGUCGUUACUGCCAGUGCUGGAAUUAACCACAUCGACCUGUCGGCAUGCUGGCGGCACGGAAUAGCCGUUACUAAUGCUGGCUCUGUGUUCUCCGAUGAUGGUGCAGAUGCAGCGAUUGGGUUGUUGAUUGCCGUUCUUAGGAAAAUAUCCGCUGCUGAUCGGUAUGUGAGAAGAGGGCUCUGGGCUAAAGAGGGAGAUUUCCGUCUCGGUUCCAAGUUGGGAGGCAAGCGAGUUGGGAUUGUUGGAUUGGGAGGUAUUGGCUCUGAAGUUGCUAAAAGGAUUGAGGCAUUUGGUUGCUCUAUCUCGUACAACUCCAGGAAGCAGAAGGCAUCUGUGUCCUACCCCUUCUUUUCUGAUGUCUGUGAACUAGCAGCUAACAGUGACAUACUCAUCAUUUGUUGUGGAUUAACUGAACAAACUCACCACCUAAUCAAUAGACAGGUAUUGUUGGCAUUGGGGAAGGACGGUGUUGUUAUCAACGUAGGACGUGGGGCUAUUAUCGAUGAGAAAGAGUUGGUUCAAUGUUUGGUGCAAGGGGAGAUUGGAGGUGUUGGCUUGGAUGUAUUUGAGAAUGAGCCUGAUGUUCCGAAAGAGCUACUUGAAUUGGACAAUGUCGUACUCUCGCCACAUCGAGCUGUCUUUACACCUGAAUCUUUCAUGGACUUGUGUAGACUUGUGGUGGGUAACUUGGAAGCAUUCUUCUCAAAUAAACCUUUGCUUUCUCCAGUCAUGGCUGAAUGAAUCGAUCAAUAUGCAGAAGAGAUCGAAGCAUUGGCAUCGUAUUAGGUAACUUGAUCACGGGAGAAGACAGCUAUUACUUAUGCUCCUUUAAACUCUUCUUGGAAGAGGCUGAAUCUACCAUUUUCUGUCACAGGACUAGUCAAUACCUUUCACCCAUUCAUGUCUUGGCUAAGAGCGGAUGGUUAGGAGUGAAGUUGUUAUGGCUGUGGGGUGUUAUUUAGUCUUAGUGGCUGGUGCUGCAUGAGAGUCUUUUAACAAAUUCUUUAUUAUACCUACUCAAAUACAAUUUAUUAUUUUUGACAAUUUACAACAUCUCUAUUAAACAACAACUGCAUUUGUAUGUCUAUCAUAAA